AUGGGGGCCGCGGCGUAUGGGGGCCCUUUUUCCAUCCCAGACGAAGGCCAUUUCGGCGGCCAUGUCUUGGCUAUCGAAGAGGAGGCAAAGAAGGUGCUAUAUCUAGCCAUCUUUCCUCUUCACUUUCGGAAGCAUCCCUUCCUGGCUCUCUGCCAUGUUCCCAUGUCCGGUCUUCAGAUGCUGCCAUCAGCCCGCCUUGAUAUUGGGAUUACGUCUCACAAGAAUGUGUUGGAGCCUCGCCCAGCCCCCUGCACCUAUUCCACAUGGCAACCCUCCGCAAAGUCUCUCUGCACGGGUAACAAACCACGUAUUAACGUCAAUACCUUGAUCCUUCAAGACCUACAAGCCGCCCUUUUUUCUCUCAGCUCCUUUCCAUCCACAUGUCGAUAUCGGACCUGCAAGAUGUAG